CAAAAUCCAGAAUGUGGAAGAAUAUGUGGAAAUAACAGUUGCAAAUGUAUUGGAGAAAAGGGAUCUCGGGGUCCCCAUGGACCAAUGGGACCACCUGGACUUCAAGGGGUCCGUGGCUAUCCAGGACCCGAAGGACUAAUUGGACCUAAAGGAGAGAAAGGGAGAGCAGGGCCACCAGGACCAGUUGGUUUAAAAGGAGACAGAGGAAAAAUUGGUAUCCCAGGUUUCCCUGGUGUGAACGGAAUUCCAGGUGUACCUGGUCCUGUUGGACCCCGUGGUUCUCCUGGUCUAGAUGGAUGCAAUGGAACUCAGGGUGAUCCUGGUGUUCCUGGACUUUCUGGAGUUCCUGGUCUUAGAGGAACACCAGGCCCAAGUGGGCGAACUGGACAAAAGGGAGAACCUGGAUUAGGAUUAAAAGGCUUGAAGGGUGAACCUGGACGUGAUGGAAUACCUGGUCCUGUGGGACCACAAGGCCCUCCUGGAAAAUCUGGCUUGCGUGGACCAGAAGGACUCAGAGGAUUGACAGGUCCUCAAGGUGAGAAAGGUGAAAGAGGUGAAAAGGGUCCAGCUGGUAUAUCUAAAAAGUCAACUCCAGGGCCACCUGGACCAAAAGGAAAUCCUGGACCUCCAGGAAACUUCUGUGCACAUAAGGAACCUAAUGCAAUGAACAUAGGUAAAAAAGGUGAACAAGGCAUGAGGGGUAGCACAGGAGAAAGAGGUACACCAGGAUUACGUGGUGAUCCAGGUUAUGAUGGUCUUCCAGGCUCAACUGGAAUGAAAGGAGAAAAAGGUGUUGCAGGAAUAGCUGGUCCAAGAGGAAAGCAAGGUUUACCUGGACCACAGGGACCUAUGGGAAUAAAGGGUGACAGAGGCAUGGAUGGUCUUCCUGGUUUGAAUGGCUUCCCUGGGCUGAAAGGAGAACCAGGCAACAUUGGAUUGAGGGGUAUCACUGGAUCUAUUGGCCCACCUGGUCCACCUGGAGGAACAGUUGUUGGCCCACCUGGAGAUACAGGUUUACCUGGUCCACGUGGUUUUGCUGGGCCUGAUGGACCAAAGGGUAACCCAGGUCCUCCUGGACUGCGAGGUCCAAAAGGAGAAGUAGGUGGAUUUGGAACUUCAGGUCCCCCUGGUCCUCAAGGUAGAGAUGGUCCCAAAGGUGAAAAAGGAGAUACCGGAUUUUCUGGACUUAGAGGAAAAGAUGGAUUACCUGGACUACCGGGUAUACCUGGAGAAAAAGGAGAUAGAGGAAUGAAGGGAACUCCAGGAUUUGGUAUCCCUGGUCGUGAUGGAUCAUCUGGAAAAGAUGGAUUGAAUGGAUUGUCAGGUCUAAAAGGAGAAAGGGGAUUAAAAGGACAACGGGGCCCACCUGGUCAAACGAAAGAAGGAAACCCAGGAGCAACUGGUGCAAAAGGUGACAAAGGUAACCGUGGAGUUCCUGGUUCUCCAGGUAUUGAUGGAUUAAAUGGAUUAAGAGGCUCCAAAGGUGACAAGGGAGGAGAAUGUAAUUUCUGUACUAACGGAGCUCCGGGUGAGAAAGGAGAUCCUGGACUGAAUGGACUACCUGGUUCUUCUGGUCGUAGUGGUAAUAUUGGUGAGAAAGGAGAACCUGGUGAGCCAGGUGAUGAUGGUCUUUAUGGAAAAACAGGCACACGAGGUUUGCAGGGUGACCCUGGACCCAUGGGACCACCAGGACUUCCAGGAUUAAAAGGAGAAGCUGCUUAUCCCACAGUUGUUCCAGGUGAAAAGGGAGAUCGUGGUCUUCCUGGAUUGACUGGACACUUAGGAGACAAAGGUGAGAGAGGACCCCCUGGACCAACAGGACCACGUGGCCCACAAGGACCCAAGGGAGAAUCGGGUUUACCUGGAUUAGCUGGCAAAGAUGGUAUUCCUGGAUUAUCUGGCACACCUGGAAAGUCAGGUAUAAAAGGACUACCUGGCUAUGGAUUACCAGGAAUUAAAGGUGAAUCAGGUUUCCCUGGAGAGCCAGGUGUGAGCACAGUAGGUCCAAAAGGAGAAAAGGGUGACCCAGGACGCAAGGGAGAACCAGGACCACGAGGUUAUCCAGGUGCUAAAGGACUUCCAGGCAUAUCAGGAGCAAAAGGCUUUGAUGGUGCUCCUGGUCUUGAUGGUUUACCAGGUUUGAAAGGAGAACGUGGAAUUGAUGGACUUCCAGGUGCUCAAGGACCUAGAGGAUACAAUGGUGCACGAGGUGUAAAAGGAGAAACUGGUUUAAUUGGAGAAAAAGGUGACUCAGGUUUCCCAGGACGUGAUGGACAAGAUGGAUUUCCUGGUCAAAAAGGUAGCAAAGGUGAACCAUCCACUGCUUCAUUACGUGGCCCAAAGGGUGAACGAGGUUUGGCUGGAUUGCCUGGCUUAGAAGGACAACCUGGACCUGGAGGACCUAAAGGAGAAAGAGGUCAAGUUGGAGAAUCAGGACUCCCUGGACUACCUGGCCAAGAUGGACCCAAAGGAGAAGUCGGCAUUGGUUUUCCAGGAGGUCCUGGCCUUGAUGGACCAAAAGGCUUUCCAGGGACACCAGGAGGACCUGGUCGCAAGGGUGAACCAGGACGAGAUGGACUGCCAGGACCACCUUGUCCCAAAGGAGCAAAGGGUGUAAGAGGAUUUAAAGGCUCGCCAGGACUACCUGGUUUAGAUGGUUUAAAUGGAUCCCCUGGUUUAGAUGGUCUACCUGGAAUUUCUGGAUUACCUGGAAGUAAAGGAGAAAGAGGAGAACCAGGGUUCCCUGGGGAACGAGGCUCUGAUGGCGGUCCUGGACUUUCUGGCUUGCCUGGACCUAAGGGAGAUCCUGGUUUAUCUGGUCUUCCAGGACGUGAUGGUGUGGAUGGACUGCCUGGCAGAAAAGGAGAUUCUGGCAUCCCUGGUUUAACUGGUUUAAAAGGAGAGCCUGGAAGAGUUGCAGCAAAAGGUGAUAAAGGUGAAAGAGGAGAUUCAGGUUUACCUGGACUUCCCGGAAAAGAUGGUUUACCAGGUAAUGAUGGUUUGCCUGGUAUCCCUGGGCCUAAAGGAGAACCUGCCUACAGUCAUUCAGGUCAAAAAGGAGAGCCUGGACCUGCUGGUUUGAAUGGUCGACCAGGUCCUGAUGGUCUACCAGGAGAUAAAGGUGAUACAGGUUCACCUGGUUUCCCUGGAAUGAAAGGCGAAGCAGGAGUACCUGGCUUUGCUGGACCAUCUGGAAAUGAUGGAUUGGAUGGACUUCCUGGAAUGAAAGGAGAAAUUGGUUUACCUGGCAGAGAUGGUUUGCCUGGUAUUAAAGGAGAACGUGGUCAAGAUGGACUGCCUGGCAUUUCUGGUGAGAAAGGAGAGUUUGGACCUCGAGGCAAUGAUGGCCUGCCUGGCCUUUCUGGGCCAAAAGGAGAUCAUGGUGCAGAUGGACGAGACGGUGGUUUAUGUGACAGAGGUCCUGCAGGAAAACCUGGCAUAGCUGGUCCUGAUGGUCUUCCUGGUCUUUCCGGUCCUAAGGGAGAGAAAGGCUGGGCUGGAUUCCCUGGAGGUGCAGGAGAGAAAGGAGAUAGAGGAUUCCCAGGAGCUAAAGGUCGUGAUGGGCUUCCUGGACGGCAAGGCAAGAAAGGUGAAACUGGCCCAUUAAACUUUGCUAAGGGUGCUAAAGGAGCUAGAGGUUUUGUAGGUCCUAAAGGAUUGCCAGGAAAAGAUGGUAGGGAUGGUAUAAAUGGAUUACCUGGUCCUAAAGGUGAUGAUGGUCUACCUGGUAUAUCUGGCCGCCCUGGAGCUAAAGGAGACCCAGGAUAUCCUGGUCCAAAAGGUGAACCAGGACUUUCUGGACUGAGAGGAGCUGAUGGUUUACCAGGUCCAUCUGGACCAAAAGGUGAACCUGGUCUGUCUGGAUCACCUGGACGAGAUGGAUUACCUGGCCCUAAAGGACUUCAAGGUCUACCAGGUGAUCGAGGAGAACCAGGUAAAAAUGGAUUUGAUGGCUCUAAAGGUAACACUGGAAUUGAUGGCUUACCUGGUUUACCAGGCCAAUCUGGAGACAGAGGAGCUGAUGGCUUUCCUGGAGGAAAUGGACGACCAGGUCCAAAAGGAGAAAGAGGAUUCAAAGGAGACCCUGGCAGACCUGGAGAAUCAAUACUUGGAGUUAAAGGAGAUAGAGGCUUGCCUGGUUUGCAAGGUCCUCCAGGUUUUCCUGGCUUGAAAGGAGAACCCGGUAUUGCAGGAAAACCUGGCUUAUCUGGUAUACCUGGAGAACGUGGUGCACCUGGAAAUUCUGGAUUGACUGGACUGUCUGGAAAAGAUGGUCUCCCUGGAGUGCGAGGAAUUGAUGGAUUACCAGGUGAACCUGGCCCAAUGGGACCAAUAGGUCCUCCUGGACCACCUGGUCGUUCAUCAGCUGUUGGUUUCUUGUUUGCCCGACACAGUCAGACAACAGAGGUUCCAAGGUGUCCAGCCGGACUAACAAAACUAUGGGAUGGCUACAGUUUGCUUUAUCUUGAGGGUAAUGAUAGAUCUCAUCAUCAAGACCUUGGUUGGGCUGGUUCUUGUAUAACACGAUUUUCAACUAUGCCAUUCCUAUUCUGUGACUUCAAUAACGUAUGUAAUUAUGCUAGCCGUAAUGACAAAUCUUAUUGGCUUUCAACAAAUGCCCCAAUGCCUAUGAUGCCAGUUGCACAAGAUGAUAUUGCACCUUACAUAAGUCGAUGCGCAGUCUGUGAUUCUCCUUCCAAUGUUAUAGCUGUCCAUAGUCAGACUCUUCAAUUACCAGACUGCCCAGCAGGCUGGGAAUAUCUAUGGAUUGGUUACAGUUUUGCUAUGCACACUGGAGCUGGAGCAGGAGGUGGUGGACAAUCUUUGUCUAGCCCUGGCAGCUGUCUUGAAGACUUCCGAGCUACACCAUUCAUUGAAUGUAAUGGGCAUGCAGGCACUUGCCACUAUUUUGCUAACAAAUACAGUUUUUGGCUUACAACUAUUGAACAAAACCAACAGUUCAGAGCUCCACAACCACAAACAUUGAAAGCUGGAAGCUUGAAGACUCGAAUUAGUAGGUGUCAAGUGUGUAUGAAAAGUAUCGGUAACCGCCGUCGCAAUAAUGGAGGUGGCCGAGGUACACUCUCCUAACUAAAACUCCUGUUGAGUUAAAAGUGUAAUAAUUGAAGACUAACGCUGAGCAGAACAUCAAGCAAAAUGAACGUUUUUGUUUCGUUUUUUUUUUUUAUUCUUUUAUCAGAAGCAAAACUCUUUAUCACCCUUUUGAGUGAUAAUAUAAAUGGCUUGCUGGACUUCCCAAGAGGUGCAUUUUUUAAAAUUCAAAUGUCCUUAUAUUAUUGGUGCUAUGUACUUAGCUGUAGUAUUUACCAUACAGAUCUUAUUACCUUCAUCAGUUACUGUAACUAAAAAAAUAGAAAAAUAUUUGUAAAUUAAAUUAAUACAAAAUUAGAAAGAACUAAUGUCUUAACACAGACACAUACUUGAGUGCUCAGACACACACAAAAGGUUAGAGUAUUUUGUUAUUGAUAGUUGAUAGUUAAACUAUCUUAGUUUCUGCUCUUUAAGUUUGACUUCUUCAAUUUAUUUUUACCUAUAGAUUCCAUCUCUUCUGAACUCACAAACCCCAAAUGCUAUGUAAUAUUGUUGGUGUGGAAUUUCUUACAAAACUGUAAUACGAAUUUUGUUCUUGUUUGAUUAUUAUUUUAAUAAAUAAUAUUAUUGUUGCAA